GAAGUUAGUACCAAGCAGCUCAACGACAAGUUUUAAUUUACGGAAAUUCUCAAAAAUUAUUGCUAAAAAAUAAGCUAGACAUGUCGGAUGUUCAAUCGGAAACCCCAAAGGCUGAGGAGGUCAACAAUGCAGGCACGCCAUCGAAGCGCACUCCGUCAAAGCGCAAGUCAGCGUUGGAGCGACACAAGGAGGAAGCUGAGGAAGUUUUGAAGAACAUGGGCGGCACAUUGGAGCUCGAGGGCAAACGUCGCACACGAUCCAGCAACAAAGUUUCGCCAACUGUCGUUGCUCCGCCGCCAGCGAAAAAGGCAAAAACGUCGCCGGCAACGCCAACUCGCGGAGGCAGAGGACGCAAAAAGGUCGAAGUUGAGGAAGAGGAAAAGCCCGAAAGUAACGGAGAAGCCAAAACAGAAGAGCCCAAAGCGUCUCCGGUGAAGGAAAAUGACAAAGCUGCUGUUGCCGAAGAGAAAAUGGACGAAGACAAGGUUGAGGAAAAGACGCCGCGCAAAGCUGAGGCAGAAAAGAAGCUGGAAACGGUUCACGAAAACAACGUAGAGGAGGAAAAGAAGUCAAGUACGCCGGCAAAAGAGGAGAAACCCGCAGAGAAACCAACUGAAGUCGCAACGACAGACAAUGUUGACAGUGCGAAGAAGGAAGAGACACCAGUUGAACAAAUGGAAGUUGAUCAAGAACCUGCCGCUGCGGAAGAAAAGCCCACAGAAACCCCCUCAGAAGAUGCCAUGAAAGAAACGCCAACCGAAGAAAAGAAAGACGAAACACCCGUUGUCGAGCCAUCACCCGCAGAAGUCAAAGAAGUAGUUGAAGAAUCAAAAGUUGUCGAGGAGAAACCCGCUGUAGUCGAAGAAAAAGCAGUAGAAGAAGAAAAGAAAGAAGAAGUCGUCGUUGCAGCGGAAACAGAGACACCAAAGCAAGUUGAGACACCUGCGGAAGAAAAACCCGUGGAAGAACCAACGAAAAAUGGCGAAGCUACUACUGAGGAAAAGGUUGCGACAGAAACCGAAACGAAACCCGAGACAGCCGAGACGGAAAUGAAAGAAAGUUCAGAGGUUGUCAAAGAAGUAGCUGAGGUGACAUCUCCCGUUAAGGCUGCCGCUCCCGUUGUCGUCGAACAAGAGAAAGUUGAUGCGCCAACAAACGAGCCUGCAUUAGCUGUCGAACCAACAACAGAGACAGAAAAACCCGUGAACGCUGCCGCUGUGGUGACAGAAACUGCCGCACAAUAAAUUCAUUUUCAUUCAAAUAUGACGGAAAAAGAUUCUGAGAUCUUUAAAAAAAAUUCACAACAACUUUUUUUUUAUUAUUUUUUCGAAACUAUCAUUUUUGGUACACACACAUAACAUAAUAGAAGAAGACGAUGUGUAUAAAAAUAAAUCCAUUUUCUGCAACAUUUCACUGCAGAAAUACAAAAAAGCAAAUAAUAUACAAUUAAAAUAACAAUAAGUAAUAUUAAAAUUAAUAUAAUAGUUUAAAAAAGGAAGAAGCAUGAACGAGUGAUGACUCCAAAUUUAUUUGAAAUUUCGUAAAAAUGGGAUAUAUGUAGUUUCACACAGACAUACAACACAAAAACACAAUAGUUUAUCAUCAUCAAAGAAAUCGGAUUAUAUUUUAACACAAAUAAUAUGACUAAUAUAGAAUGAGAAAUAUAAAUAUUGAAGUUUAUAUAGAUAAAUAGAACAUUUCUUUUUUUUUAAUAUAAAAUAAUGUAAUUUUUUUUUUUAUUUUCAUUAAAAAAAAUCAUUUUUUUUUUCAAGAACGAACCACCUCCUCUAAAGACUAAUUUUUCUUCAACAUAAAUGUAACUCUUGACAUUGAAAUGUAAAUAAAUACACGUGGAUACAACAACAAGUGCAUUUUCUGCUCUUGAGAAAUUAAUCGACAUGACCCUGAAUGAAUAUUUAAUUAAUAAAAGAUGAAUGAAAAAUAUCAAAAAAAUAAAAUAAAAAUGUUUUCUGGCAAAAAAAUGAAAAUCCACUUUUUAAAAUAUAAUUAAAAAAAGGAACAUUUAAUUUUAAAUCUGAGAGAAAAUAUAAUAAUUACUUUUUAAUUCAAACUUAUUAUUAUUAUCUUAGUAAUAAAUGAAGAAAAAG